GGAGUUGGGGCUCGAGCUCUGGCCUCGGAGUUGGGUUUGGGGCUGUGGCUGCGAGCUCAAAGCUGAGGGCCGGGGCUGUGGGCCCGUAGGCCCGUGGGUUGCGGCUGUGGGCCCAAGGCCGAGGGUUGCGGCUGUACGUUCAAGGCCCAGGGUCAGCUCUGGGUGCUGAGGGUUGGGGCCUGUAGCUUGGGGCCAGGGCUCUGGGCUCGGGACUGAGGCUGCUGGGCAGGGCUGGGCCUUGGGCUUGAUGGCAGUGCCGGCAGUGGUGGUGGUACAAACGUGCUGUCUGCCACCACAGUCCCUGGAGGAGUGCCCGCUGGACGAGGAGGAAGACGGCUUUCAGGCACUGGGUGAGGAGGAUGAGGACAUUGAUCAGUUCAACGAUGACACCUUUGGAGCCGGGGCUGUUGAUGAUGACUGGCAAGAGGCCCACGAGCGAUUGGCUGAGCUGGAGGAGAAACCCGUGGGCUCUGGGCAGCACGCCACGCCGAGCAGUGAAGAUGCAGAGUUGCUGGGUGAACCUGAGGAUGCACUGGCAGAGCGGCUGACGCGGCUGGUGAUCGAGAGUGAGCUGGAGGACCCUGCCAUCAUGCGAGCUGUGCACACCCGUGGGCCUGGUGCACAGACCAUGGCACUCAACACCAGCAUCUGGGAUGGCCCCUCUGUGCUGCAGCGCAUCUGCACGCCACUGCUCACCCAGGAGAUGCCAUCAGUGUCUGUGCUGGACUACGCUCUGCCCCAGAAACCCCUGCAGACUCAGGAGGAGGAGCGGGACCCCUCGGAGCGGGCACUGCCACGUCGCUCAUCCUCCCCCAUCAUUGGGAGCCCCCCUGUACGAGCAGUCCCCAUCGGUACCCCUCCUAAGCAGGUCGCUAUGCCCAAUUUUAACCAGCAGAUCCUGUGUCCAAAGCCUAUCCACAUCAGGGCUACCAUGCAGCAGCGCUACUCUGCUCCCUACAGCGAGAGGAUGUCUCCCAACCAGCUCUGCAACGUACCAAACUCUUCGUUGCUGGGCCACCCAUUCUCCACCAGUGUCUCUCCUGUUUUCACCCACCUGCAGCGGGCUCAGCUGCUGGGAGGAGCGCAGGCUGGCCGAAUUUCUCCCAGCCAGUUUGCUCGAGUCUCAGGCCUUGUUGGGAACCCACUACCCUCCGUCAAUCCCAAGCUGCUACAGGGCAGAGUGGGACAGAUGAUAGCUCCCACUGGCGGCUUUCGUGCCUUCUUUGGGGCUGGCCCCACUCCAUCCUCACAACUGCAGCCUCCGCCGGGCCCCGUGCCUCACCUGCAGGGCCUGAGGCCACAGCCCUUCCGACCAGACACCACCCACCUGCACCCCCAGCAUCGCCGGCUCCUGCACCAGAGGCAGCAGCAGAACCGAAACCAGCACCGUGGCCUCAACGGCUCAAUGGGGGAACGAGGGGGCCACCGUGGCAGCCACCAGGAGCAGGCACGCAAGGACCCCUACGCAAACCUCAUGCUGCAGCGGGAGAAGGACUGGGUGUCCAAGAUCCAGAUGAUGCAGCUGCAGAGCACCGAUCCCUACUUGGAUGACUACUACUAUCAGAACUACUUCCAGAAGCUGGAGAAGCUGUCAGCAGCUGAGGAGGAUGGUCCCAAGAAGGAGCGUACGAAACUCAUCACCCCUCAGGUAGCAAAGCUGGAGCACACCUACAAGCCAGUGCAGUUCGAGGGCUCACUCGGGAAGCUGACGGUCUCCAGUGUGAAUAACCCCCGGAAGAUGAUUGAUGCAGUAGUGACCUCCCGUGGAGAGGAUGACGAGACAAAGGAGAAGCAGGUCCGGGACAAGCGGCGCCAGACACUUGUCACCAUUGAGAAGACGUACAGCCUCCUCCUGGAUGUGGAGGACUAUGAGAGACGCUACCUCCUGAGCUUGGAGGGAGAGCGGUCUGCCCUGAUAGGUGAGAGGAAGCAGAAGAUCUGCAACAUGUAUGACAAUCUGCGUGGGAAAGCACCGGGGCAGGAAAGGCCGAGUGACGACCACUUCAUGCAGAUCAUGUGCAUCCGGAAAGGAAAGCGCCUGGUGGCCCGCAUCCUCCCCUUCCUGUCCCCUGAGCAAGCGGCCGACGUGCUGUUGGCGACUGCCCGGAACCUGCCCUUCCUCAUCAAGAAGGAUGCUCAGGAUGAGGUGCUGCCCUGCCUGCUGCGGCCCUUUUCACACGUCCUAUACCACCUCCCCCUGGGGACAGUCACUAGCCUGGUGCAGCAGCUCACCAACCUACCUCAGAGUGCUGCCGCACCUGCCUCCACCAACCUGCACCUCACCACAGUGCUCCAAAACAAGUUCGGCCUGUCCCUGCUGUACCUGGUUCUGAGCCGUGGGGAGGAGCUGCAGAGCACAGACGGCGGCACGGAGCUGAUGCAGGACAACCAGUGGACGGAGCUGAUGCUGCUGGCCACCCAAGAGCUGCUGCGUGUACCACCCGCUGCCCUGCCCAAGCCGCGGCUCAAAUUUUGUUCCUGGAAGAAGCUCCAUCAAAGCCAUUAG